AUAUUUGCUUGUACAAGCAAAUAAGCUGUACAAUUCUGCCAUGAUGGAAGAAUGCUUUCUUGUAUAAAUACUGAAAACUUUCCAUUGUAACUCAGUCUAUUUGCUAUAAGAAAAAAUGGCAGACCAAAUUAAAGAGGUAUCUCCUAGUUCUUCACCAUUGACAUCAAGAAUCACAGAUUACUUUCCAGCAAGUCCUAAGCCUCAAAAAGGAAAACUUCAAGAUUUUAAAGUAAAAAAAGAACAGAAACCAGUUCAGAAGAUUCCGAAUGGUCUGCUUACUCCUGAAGCUUCUCCUGUAAAAGAUGGCAUGGCGACGGCUAAUGUGAAGGAGGAAAAAAGUGACUCUGACAGCCAAUCUAGUGUUGAUCUUCCCUCUAAGCAGGUUAUAUUAGAAAAUGGUACAGCAGUGAAAUCGGAGAAAGGAAAAAAGAAUAAAAAAGUAUCAGAUUCCACAACAACCAAUGGCACAUCAGAAUCUACCUCUAGAAAAGGCAGGAAAAAGUCUUCUAAGAAAAAUGCUGAAUCAGAUCAACUAAACAACUCGCUAGUCACAGACUACUUCCCUAUCCGCAGAAGCAAUAGACGCUGCAAGUCUGAAAUAGAGAAAGAAGUAUGGACAGAUAUUGAAGACAAAAUAUUGAACAAAAAGGAAGAUGGAUUAAAGAUUGUGGAAAUGGAAAACAAGGGGCGUGGCAUUGUGUCCACCAAGGCAUUUCAGCGUGGGGAAUUUGUAGUGGAAUAUGCUGGUGAUUUGAUAGCACUUUCCGAUGCCAAGGAAAAGGAAAGAAUCUACUCUGAAAUCCCAGAGACAGGAUGUUACAUGUAUUAUUUCCAUCACAAAAAUCACAGCUAUUGUAUUGAUGCUACAGCAGAGAGUGGACGACUGGGUAGGCUCAUCAAUCACAGUAGAACGUCGGCCAACUGUCGAACCAAGCUUGUGGAGGUGAACAACACACCCUACCUCACCCUGGUGGCCGCCAGGGACAUUAGCCUAGGGGAGGAACUUUUGUAUGACUAUGGUGACCGCAGUAAAACCUCAGUAGAAUCUCAUCCAUGGUUAAAACUUUGACAAGUGAAUUACAAGAAUGGGAGAAAGAUGUGCUUGUGUUGUUGGAUGAGUUGGUAAAAAUGUUAUACUUGUUUUAGAUUUGUUUUUGUCAGACUCAGUUGUGUGAUGUGAAAAUAGAAAGUAAUAAUACCCAGUGUUGACAACAGAUAUUUUCCCAGCUUGUUACCAUCCUUAUAUCACUUUAAUUCAGCAUUUCAGGUUUAACUUAUUUUUAUUUUUAUAAAUUUGAAGAAAUACAAACAAAAGACAUGAUUUACCUCCAUACAAAAUCAUAUAUACCUGUUUACACUAUACUAGUAGAUAUGUUUGGUGUGUCCUUGUCUCAGAGGUAAAUAAGUUGGUUCAGUGUUGGAAUGAAAUCAAUUAAAUUCAAUUUCCAAAUCAGACUUGACAUGGAAGUAAAAUUUAACAAAGAAAUUUAGAAUUUUUAAUGGUUGAUGCAUUUUUUUGAAAAUAAGGAAUUGUAUUUCAGGUUUUGGUGUCAAGCGAAAUCUCAAACAAUCAAAUAAACCAAACCAUAGCAGUGAAGAAUUAUACAGGAUAAAUGUUUCAUUUUUGUGUGGAUUCAGAGUUAAUUGCUGCAGUGAAUCCAUCAUUCCUGAAUAUGUGUGAUUGAAGUUUUGGUAAAAGUCCUAGCUGAAAUCUUUAUCACUGCAAUCAUUGCAUGUAAUUAAAUGUUUGUAUGGUAAUUAGUUGUGACUUUGUAAGACCUUCCAUUGAAGCUUCCAGAGGAGGGUUUGUGGCAUUAGAUAUACAGGUACUGUGUAAAUGAGACAGAGAUUAUGUAGUAAUUGAAAGGAUGAGUGUUUGAUUGAAAUGUUUUCAUGUCGUGAAGUUCUGUUUAAAGAUGAAUUGAACUGUUAUAAAAUGAUUUCCUGUCUCAUUUAAAGAAAAUAAUUUGGAUUCCUUGACUGAGAUAUGUAUUGAGAUUAUGAGUAUAGUGUGAUUUGUCCCUGUUGAUCACUGAAUAACUUUCACUUGUAGUUAAUAUUAAGUGGUUACAGAUGAAUAUCAUUUAAAUAGCUGCCUGUAGAUCCCUGAUAUGUAAGGGUGACAAAGCUUGUCAUCCAAAAACAAGUGGGGAAGGGAGAGUUUUUAGAAUAUGAUUGAAAGAGAAAUAACGAUAUUAAUAUUUUUUAGAUAUGCAAUAUAUAUAGGAUCUUAAAUGACUUUCAUUUCAUAUGAGAUUUUUUGAAACAAGCAUGGGGAGUUUUAUUUUUGCGAGCCUUGGCGAGCAAAAAUUAAAACUUUGAGAUGAGUUUCAUAAAAGCUCAUAUGAAAUGA